AUGCUCUUGGCUUCCGCUAGGACUUGUGCUACGCCAAGUGUGUUUGGGGAAGCUCGGGCGUCCAGCUCGGCUGUGGUGGAGUAUGUUGAUGACUCGGUUUUCAAUUUGUGUAAUUCUCACGAAUUCACCUGGUCGUCUUUGCUGCAUACGCUGAAGAAUUGUGGUUUCCGAUUUGAUGUCGUGUCUUUUGAGGAGUGGUUGCUGAGACUUCGUCGGAGUGAGACAAGGGGUGAGGAACUUGUCAAUCCGGCGGUCAAGCUCAUUCAUCAUUACGAGAUGAUGCAUGGGAUGAAAUCAUCUUUGAUGCGGAGUGGCCCGAAAAGAUUCAUUACGGAGAAAGCAGAGAGGAGUAGUGUGACUUUGCGAAAUGGCCGAUUGAGAAUUAUUGAUGAUGGAAUCCUGAGAUGUUAUGCUCAAGAUUGGUUGGCGAGGUGGAUGGCCUAG